UUUUCUGAAUUUAUAACCUGCUGAUCUACCUACAAACCAAGUUGAUUAAUUAAUUAAUAUAUUAAUAUUUAUUCACCUUGCUAACUAGUUUGAAAACAACUUGGAUUGAUAUUAAUUUUCUAUUAUUUAAUAAGAUUAUGAUUGCUAUUUAUCAUUGGUAAUGGAUAGAAAAGAAAAUCUUGAGGACAUAUUUAUUUCUCUUAAGAAAUAUCUAUCUGAAGAUGGUCUUGUUCAAAUGUCUGAUGUGGAUCAAAGUGUAAUUUAUAAGUUGAACCUAUCUCAUAAAAAUAUCAUCAAUAAUAACAGGAGUCCUGAUGUGCUUAAAGAUAUCCAAGCUGUCCUAGAUGUAGUUUGGGAAGAUUUGAAUACGGGACACUGGAGCACUGUUUCGGAAAAACACAGAAAAAUAUAUGCAUUAGGAAGUUUAUUUAAAGUUAUUCGAAUCAUUCAAGAACUAUUGAAUGACAGUAUUCAUUUAAAUGAACACCUGAAGGAAGCGAUAAAAGCUGCUGAUAUGGGGCUGCUCAUGGGGACAGGCUAUCAUCAGCAGUUGUCUAAUGCAGCACGGAUGUUGAGUAAUUUGGUCUUAAAUGAAGAAUUUUCUGGCAAAUCAGAUUUAUUGCCAUCAUUUUCACAUGACAAUAAAAACUCUGACUGGUGCUUUCCCGGUAUCAAUGGGAAAAUAGUUGAAUGCCUGGAGUGCCCCUCAUUAGAAUAUUUUUUCAAACAUUAUUUUUCUUUAAGAGUGCCUGUAAAAUUAAAAGAAUGCAUUUCUCAUUGGCCAGCUUUUGAAAAGUGGAAUGAUGUUAAUUAUUUGAUCAAAACAGUUGGACCCCGAAUGGUUCCUGUAGAAUUAGGUUCAUCGUACGUCCAGAAUGAUUGGAGCAUGAAGCUCACUACUUUUCAUGAAUUUUUUUCAACUUACAUUUCUCAGAAAAAUGAUUCUGUUGGAUAUCUUGCUCAGCAUCAGUUAUUUGAUCAGGUUCCGGAAUUAAAAAGAGACAUCCUUAUUCCUGAAUAUUGCUGCCUUUCAGAUUCAGAAGAUGAUGCUUGCGAUGUUGACAUAAAUGCUUGGUUUGGCCCUGCUGAAACUGUGUCUCCUCUCCACUUUGAUCCAAAACACAACUUGCUGUCUCAGGUUAUAGGGAGAAAGAGAAUUAUUUUAUAUUCACCUGAAGAAUCUGAUAAACUGUACCCACAUGAAACCAAGAUGUUGCACAAUACUGCUAGGGUAGAUCCAUAUAACCCAAAUUAUGAAGAAUAUCCCGAAUUCAAAAAAUCAACAGCAUUAGAAUGCCACCUUUAUCCUGGUGAAAUGCUGUAUAUUCCUCCUAAAUGGUGGCAUCACGUAAGGUCCUUGGACAUAAGCUUCUCUGUUAGCUUCUGGUGGGAAUAAAACAUCUUAGCCUUUAACCUAACAUUAUUAUUAAUAUUCUUAUUAUUAUCUUGAAUAAAUACUAUUUAACAAAUAAUUCCUCUGAACACAUUGAAAUUCCGUUUAUUAAAUUACACUAAAGCAACAGCAUACAUGCACUACUUAGUGAUAAUCAUAUAUAAAGCAUUACAUAUAAAUAUCCUAUUUAUAUGUAAAUCUAUCCAUUAAUUAUAGUUGAAUUUGCUACCUAAGUUGUCAAAUGUAGCGUUUGAUACACAUUACCUUAGUAAUGGUUAAAGUAAGUUUACAUUGAAAUCGAAAGACCAUAGUUUAAUCUGCAUGGAAAGCCAUUUUGUCAAUGUUAUAUUUAUUACUAAAUAAAACAUAGUCUCUGUGAUCAAUAGAUAAAUACUUUAAGUCCUUUAUAUUACUUAGCAUGAAAUACUGUGUCCUAUCUACAGAAAAAAAAAAAACUAAUGAGUUUCCUGUAUGUCUGUAAUUAUUUAUUAUGUUUACUAUAAUUUGUACCUAUUAUUUUUUAACUGUUUAAACUCUGCAGUAUAUCUUAGUGGUAUAACCUUCUCCAACUUCAAUCUUGCCUUCCUAAUUUCUUUUCUCAAAAUAAAUUUUGUAUUUUAUUAAAAAUUGACCUUGAAUUAUCAACUUUGAGUUUAUGAUACGAAUCCUUAAAAUGUAAUGUUACAGAGAAAUGAAUACAAAGAAGUAUGACACAAGAAAAAAAUAAAUUAACAAGGAAUCAGUGCAUCUGUUUAUAAUAAUACUUCAUAAAAUAAACUCUAAAUAAAUUAGUCAAAUAGUAAUAAUAAUCUUACUGAAUAUGGACAUGAAUAUUAUUAUGACACAAUAAAAAUUAAAAAAAAAUCUUAUGAGUGAACAGGUAACUUUUAUUUUAUAUUUUAUUAGAUUAUAAUUAUUCCAUCAAAUACUAUUGGUAUUUUUACUGGCAG